ACAGGGGCGGGCCCAAAGAGGAAGGACUUUACAGUAACUGAAACUGAAACCAUAACCAGCUCUUGGGGCUGAAGCAAUCGUUUGCUGUCCACGCUAAGCUUUCAAGAUUCCUCAUACAGGGAGAGCACUACACGGUUUGUAAGGAUGAGCUUUCAUAAGCCACGGAUAAUUCCUUGGCUGGAAGAGCAGAUCAACAGCCAGAGCUAUCCAGGUCUUCAAUGGACGAACUUGGAGCAGACACAGUUCCAGAUACCAUGGAAACAUUGGCUAAGACAGGAUAAAUGUGAGGACGAUGUGAAAAUAUUUGAGGCCUGGGCUAUUGCCAGUGGUAGCUAUAACCCCAACACAGAUACAGCAAACCCAGCGGUAUGGAAAAGGAAUUUUCGCUCUGCUCUUAAUAGAAAGAGUGAGAUCCGCGUGGUCAAGGAUAACAGUUCAGAGUCUAAUAACCCACAUAAAAUCUAUGAGUUCAACAGAGGGACACCUGGUAAUAUCACCCCUGAAGAUUUGUAUUGCGAUGACAGUAUCAGUCCAUCUUCUCAACCACCUCCAUUCAGUAGCCCAAGAAUCCAGUUCACUGUGGACAGAAAUCUUUCUCAGAACAUAGACCAGAUGCAGAUUUCUGUCAGCGAAGAUGACUUGUAUCUUGAUCCUGAAAAUCUGCCAACAUCGGCUCAGGAGUGGUGCAGUAACAUCUCCUCCCCGGAUGUGUUUGUAGCUGCAGCUAGCCCAGUCGGCCCUGAUAUUUCUCCAUAUGCACCAUACCCAGAUAAUACCGAACAAGUUCAGGGUACAUCACAAGAGGUGGCCGAUUCUGCCCAUCAACACCUGUUCAACUACUUUUUACCUAACAACACAUUUGAAACACAGUUUGAAGUAAAGAUUUAUUACCGGGGAACUCUGGUGAAGAAAAGUUUGGUAAAAAACUCCUGUGGCUUCCACCUCACUUCAAGGCAGCUAACAAACCAAGAAAACUAUUUAGAGGAUGUGACUCUGCCGUCACCUUCCAUAAUCUCGGACCUCAAAGUAGCUGCUGAAAUUAAUAAACUUCUACAAAACCUAGAACAAGGAACUCUGGUGGAAGUACAGAAUGGAGCCAUCUGCGCCAAGAGGCAAGGCAAAUGCAGAAGCUUUUGGAGUAUGACAGAGACGCCAACAACGAACCUGCCCAGUCCAAUAAACAAGGAGGCCUACACCGAGUUGUACAAAUAUCAGCAAUUUGUGAAAGAACUGAUUGAGUUCAUAGAACGCAGGAGGCAAGAAUCUCCACAAUAUGACAUUUGGAUUUGUCUUGGAGAAACUUGGCCUGAUGGCAGACCAUGGAAGAAGAAAUUAAUUAUGGUGCAAAUCACACCGAUAUCAAUGCAGAUGCUUCAUGAGCUGAGCUACAGCACCGGAGCCUCAUCACUACGCAGCAACGAGGUCAACUUGCAGAUCUCCGACUCGCUGUCCUCCUCUCUGCGUAGCACAAGUGAUAUACUGAAUUUCCUGAAGGAGUUUGAGGAACGGAUGGACUGCGCUUAACAGACAAAGCAGAACUCAGUGCCUUAGGCCUACUUCAAACAGGAAAAUGUCAUGAACCUUGAACUCUGGCCUGCAUGUGCGUAAAGGCCAACCAGGGAGCCUCUUUUAGCUACUGAGCAAAACAAAGUGUCUGAGUGAAAUUAUCGCUUUAGCUUCGGUAGUUUUUAAAUGUUGACAUUGCAAGUGUAGUUAAAGUACAAGACACUAAGGGGUGUAUUUAUAAAAAAUAAUGUGCAUUGAAGUUCGUCCAUCAAAACUGUAUGAAAAUUUGUUCUGUGCGAAUGGGGCAAAAUCAAAUGUUCUCAGGCUAUUUCUGCAUAUCGAAAGAUGGAAUGUGGAAAAUACCUUAUUAUGGCCACUAGAUGGAGCUGAGGAACACACUCAUUACUUAUGAUAAUCAGUGCCAUCUAGUGGCCAUAAUGCUAAAUCUAUCUCAUUUGCACAUUCUUGAUCUGCAGAGGAUUUAACCUGAGAACAUUCAAUGCUGCUCCAUUCGCACAGAACAAAUGUACACAAAGUUUUGAUGUACAAAUUUCUAUAUAACUUUUUAAUAAAUACAUCCCUAAGUAUCCAUGUCAUAUAUGUUGUAUAACAAUACAUUUAACUGUGGAUCUCGGUACAAAUGUUCUUUGCUGCUUUACAACUUGAAUUAUUACACUGUAUUGGGAGCAAUGGGAGGAACAGUAUUCUAAGCUAAAGGAAUAUGGUGAAGCUGGAAGAAAGAAACCAUUCAACAAUCAUGAAUAGAAUGAACACUCAAUCAAACUAGCUGAUAUGCAGAUAUUGACACCCAGUUCUGGGUAGUUAUGUUUUAACUACUUCAGUUCUUGUGCCUGUAUAUAAUUUUCAUAAUGUACCAGAGCAAUUUUUCUGUUUCUUCCAUUGGCCUGUUUAUUUGGCAAUAACUUUCCAUUACUUAGGAUAACAAAGUAAUAUAUACAAUUGGGGCAGAUCCACAAUAAUCCCCCCCCGGCGCACCGUAUAUGAGAUACGCUACGCCGCCGUAACUUACUUCUC